AUGAGUUCUACUCUAGAUCCUGAACUAAUAACCCCCUCGAUCACAGUAUAUCCCUUCCAAUCUUCGGCUCAGGUACCAAAGAGGCUUCUACAACAGAUCCAUCACUUGUUAAACUACGAGGUUGAACAGGGUGACACAUAUCCCCAAAAGGAGCCCCUGGACGACCAACAAUUUUUCAACUAUUACGCUCCUAACUUUGUAGCGGUGGCCCUGAGAGGUGAUUUCCAUGAUGCUUCAAUCGAAUCGCUCAAAACAAUUGAGGACUUCUCAAAGAUCUUUCUGGGAAGCUUUUACAUCAAACCUAACUACGUGGGCAGAUGUUCGCAUAUAUGUAAUGGAGGAUUUUUGGUCCACCCUUCAGCCAGAGGAGAAGGUCUGGGAAGCAAAAUGGGCAAAGUUUACCUUAAAUGGGCUCCGAAAUUGGGGUAUAGCUACUCCAUUUUCAAUUUGGUCUUUGAAUCUAACACAGCCAGCUGUAGAAUUUGGGACAAAUUGGGAUUCAAUAAAAUAGGAGUUAUACCUCGUGCUGCCAAUCUAAAAGGCCAUUCCAAAAAUGUAAAUGCUAUUAUUUAUGGAAGGUGCCUGCUCUGUGAAGGUGAAUGUACAUGCGAUACGGACCUUUCUUAA